CGGCCCGCAGCGCGCAGAGGCGCGGGCCGGUGCAGCCCCCCGCCCGAGGCGGCGGGACCCGCGGCCGCAGCGCGGAGACUGGCGCAUGCCACAGCCCGUCUCGGGUCCUCCGCCACCGCCGGCCGCCGCUGCCCGCCGCCGCGCACUGGUUCCCGGCCCCUUCAUGCGCGGCGGACGAUAUGCCCGUUUUGUAGCCGGGGGCCCCUCCUCUCGUCCCGCAUGUUCAGGACCAAACGCUCGGUGCUUGUUCGGCGGCUCUGGCGGAGCCGUGCGCCCGGCGGUGAGGAGGAGGAGGAGGAGGAGGCGGCGGCGGCCGAGGCCCGGGCGCAUGCCUGCGGCGAGGGGCGCGGGUGCUGCCCGGGCAAGGCUGGCCGCGGCUGCGGGGCGUCCGCGGGCGCGGAAUCGGAACUGAAGGCGCUGACCCACACCGUGCUGAAGCGGCUGAAGGAGCGGCAGCUGGAGGGGCUGCUGCACGCCGUCGAGUCCCGCGGCGGGGCGCGGACCCCCUGCCUGCAGCUGCCCGCCAAGGCCGACUCCCGGCUGGGCCAGCACUCGUACCCGCUGCCGGUGCUGCUCUGCAAGGUGUUCCGCUGGCCAGACCUCCGGCACUGCUCCGAAGUGAAGCGGUUAUGUUGCUGUGAAUCCUACGGCAAGGCUCACGCCGAGCUCGUCUGCUGCAACCCGUACCACCUCAGCCGGCUCUGCGAGCUAGAGUCUCCCCCUCCACCCUACUCCAGAUAUCCAAUGGAUUUUCUCAAACCAACUGAUUGUCCAGACUCUGUGCCUUCCUCCACUGAAACAGGGGGAGCUAAUUGCCUAGCCCCUGCGGGGCCUUCAGAUUCUCAAGUACUUCAGGAGCCGGGGGAUCGUUCACACUGGUGCGUGGUAGCAUACUGGGAAGAGAAGACACGUGUGGGUCGGCUGUACUCUGUCCAAGAGCCCUCCCUGGAUAUCUUCUAUGAUCUACCUCAGGGGAAUGGUUUCUGCCUCGGACAGCUCAACUCUGACAACAAAAGCCAGCUGGUUCAGAAGGUCCGCAGCAAGAUCGGCUAUGGCAUCCAGCUCACCAAGGAAGUGGACGGCGUGUGGGUAUACAACCGCAGCAGUUACCCCAUCUUCAUCAAGUCGGCCACACUGGACAACCCUGACUCCAGGACGUUGCUGGUUCACAAAGUGUUCCCAGGAUUUUCCAUAAAGGCUUUUGACUACGAGAAGGCGUACACCUUGCAGAGACCCAAUGACCACGAGUUCACGCAGCAGCCAUGGACUGGAUUUACCGUUCAGAUCAGCUUUGUGAAAGGCUGGGGCCAGUGCUACACUAGACAGUUCAUCAGCAGUUGCCCAUGCUGGUUGGAGGUUAUCUUUAAUAACCGGUGACUCGAGACAAAGUGGGCUUAUGACAUCUAUUCUACUUUGCUGCUAUCGUUUCCUUCUGAGUGCUUGCUUUUCAUGCGAACUCUUUGUGUUUCGUUUUGUUUGUUACCCUUCCUGCCCGUGUUGAGAAAUAGCUUCUGAAAAGACUUCUUUUUUUUUUUGGUUGUUUUUUUUUUGUUUUUUUUUUUUUUUUCUUUUGUUGUUUUUUUUUUUUGGUUUUUUUUUUUUGCCUUGGGUAUUUUGAUAAAUAUAUCUAUUUUUUAAAAGUGUGAAUGACCAAUACUCAGAAGGGCGAGAGAAGGGUUCUUGGGGAUAGAUUGCAUACGGUAAUUAUUUCACGCCUCUGAAAGGGUUACCUAUGUGAUCAACAGAUUUGGAAGCCACUUCCUAUAUGUUACAGCUCCUUCUCUUGGAUAAAACAACAAGAUACCUGUACUUUUUAUGCACCACCUUCCCCUUGCCGCCGCCAGCCCUGGUGAUGGUGAUUCAGAGACCCCUUCCCCAGUGGUGCUAACCUGAUGUUGCCACCGAAGGAUGGUGCAAAACCUUCCAAAACCAGGUCUUUACCCAAUCUUUUGAUUUUUUAUUGUAUUGUAGCUGGGUUCACGUCUUGUCACUGUGUUCAUCUUUCCACUGCUUUGUUUUUUUAACUUGUGGUCAUGCAUUGAUGAAAGGGGAGAAGACGAGAGCGGAGAAACUUUGUGCAUGACCCAUGCUUUAUAAUUUGAACUGAGAUGUGAAGAGACCGAAGUUUAAACCUAAAAUAAACAACUCCUGAACCAACAAAACAAAUGAAAAACAAAUGAGAAAGAAAAACAAGAAAAGGUGUCCACAAUAGUUGGUGUGUUGUAACCAGCCUAGAUCAGGUUAUCCCGGUACCAUCCAAUCUGGAAAUAAAGUUGUGCUUUCAUUUCUUGAAUUCAUACACGAGUAUGAUACUUUUACACUGUUCUUGGCUCAAUGAGCAUGUUUAGACCAUAACAUAAGCUAUUUUUCUAAAUAAAAAGGUUUAAAUGAAUAAAAGAGCAUUCUCAUUGGCAUUUUGGCAUUACAGUGCUUUGAAAUUAAAACACAGGUUAAAAAAAAAAAAAAAGACUCCUUAAAAACCCCCUGAGAUUUAUUAAAGAAAAAAAAAAAUUGUAUUUUAUGUUAUAUAAAUAUAUUAUUACCUGUAAAUAUAAAGACGUUUUAUAAGCAUCGUUAUUUAUGUAUUGUGCAAUGUGUAUAAACGAGAAAAAGUAAGAAAGAUGCACUUUGCUUUAAUAUAAAUGCAAAUAACAUGCCAAAUUAAAAAAAAAAAAAGAACACGAGAUAGAUUGGUGAUCUUUUCUAUGGGUGUUGUCAUCCAGAUGAAUGUUUUUUUCUAAAGGAGUUUAUGUUCCAUUAAGAAAUAAAGAUGUACACUUCA